AUGAGCAGAGAACGACCGCUCCGUGGCGCCUGCAACUGCGGCCGGAUUCACUAUUCCGUAAUUGUGCCUGGAGAUUCUACACAACGGGCAGAAGUCUUUUUUGACAACACCAGUGACAGCAGACGAAGUCAAGCAACACCAUUGACAGCAUGGCUGAGAGUGCCACUGACUUGGUACUCCUCGACAACCCAAGCAUUCUUCCCUGAUGAAACCCACGCCACAAUCCGGCGAACCUUUUCUCCUUUGCAUAGUCCACACACUCAACGUGUAUUCUGCGGAUACUGUGGUACGCACUUGUCUUACUGGACAGAGAACCCCUCCUCGGAAGCCGACUUCAUGAACAUCACCCUGGGCAGUUUACUGGGCGAGGACAUGCAUGCAUUACAAGAGCUGGAUCUACUACCCGAGGACGUGGAGCCGGAGAAUAUCCAGGGACCGUCUCAAACAGCUGUUCAAGCACCCACAGAACAAAAGCAGAACCAAGACGUGACCUGGACGGAACGGAGCGGACGAUCAGGAGGCCUAUCAUGGUUCGAGGAAUUGUUGGAUGGCAGCAGACUAGGUCGUACUCACAACUUCCGAAAAGGAGUCGGAGUGAGUUCGGAUGGCAAUACCAGAGUCGAGUGGGAAAUUGAGGAGUUCUUUGAUGAUGGAAGUGCUACGCCACAGACACCGACCGGCUCAAAGCGGAAACUCGGAGACGUCACAAGUGAUGAUCUGAUGGAAGUUUGA